GAGUGACAGCGUCUGAGUCCCGGGGAAGAACAUCACGGAGCCUCCCCUGACAACAUAGUCAAGAUGCCGAACAAAACCAAGAAGGACAAGGAAACCACCAAGAGUGCUAAGAGCAUUAAGAACAGCACCCCUAGUGGCGGUGGUGGUGUUGGCGGUGGGAAAGAUGCUGCAGCCGAGAACUCAGACGAGUCCCAGCAGCAGCAGAGCAGCAGUAAUAAGCGUCCCAGCAACAGCACCCCCCCUCCCACCCAGCUCAAUAAGAUCAAAUACUCCGGUGGGCCUCAGCUGGUGAAGAAGGAGCGCCGCCAGAGCUCGUCUCGCUUCAGCCUCACCAAGAACCGAGAGCUGCAGAAGCUGCCCGCCCUCAAAGACUCGGCGGUGGUAGAGCGAGAGGAUCUGUUCGUACAGAAGCUGCGUCAGUGCUGCGUCCUGUUUGACUUCGUGAGCGACCCGCUCAGCGACCUGAAGUACAAAGAGGUGAAGAGAGCCGGACUCAACGAGAUGGUGGAGUACAUCACGCACAACAGCAACGUGGUCACGGAGAGCAUCUACCCCGAGGCUGUGUUCAUGUUUUCAGUGAACUUGUUCCGGACUCUUCCUCCGUCCUCCAACCCGACGGGAGCUGAGUUUGAUCCUGAAGAAGACGAACCGACGCUGGAGGCUGCCUGGCCUCACCUGCAGCUCGUCUACGAGUUCUUCCUCCGGUUCCUCGAGUCUCCAGACUUCCAGCCGAACAUCGCCAAGAAAUACAUCGAUCAGAAGUUUGUAAUGUCGCUGCUGGAGCUGUUUGACAGCGAGGAUCCCAGAGAGAGAGACUUCCUGAAGACAAUCCUCCACCGGAUCUACGGAAAGUUCCUCGGCCUCCGCGCCUAUAUCCGCCGCCAGAUCAACAACAUCUUCUACAGAUUUAUCUACGAGACAGAACAUCACAACGGCAUCGCUGAGCUGCUGGAGAUCCUGGGGAGCAUCAUCAACGGCUUUGCUCUCCCGCUGAAAGAAGAACACAAAAUGUUUCUGAUCCGAGUUCUGCUGCCGCUUCAUAAAGUCAAGUCUCUGAGCGUCUACCACCCCCAGCUGGCGUACUGUGUGGUCCAGUUCCUGGAGAAAGACAGCAGUCUGACGGAGCCGGUGAUCAUGGGCCUGCUGAAGUUCUGGCCAAAGACCCACAGUCCGAAGGAAGUGAUGUUCCUCAACGAGCUGGAGGAAAUCCUGGAUGUUAUCGAGCCCUCGGAGUUUGUUAAAGUCCAGGAGCCGCUGUUCAGACAGCUCGCCAAGUGUGUGUCCAGCCCGCACUUCCAGGUGGCAGAGAGAGCUCUGUAUUACUGGAACAACGAGUACAUCAUGAGUCUGAUCAGCGACAACGCCGCCAAGAUCCUCCCCAUCAUGUUCCCCGCGCUCUACAAGAACUCCAAGAGCCACUGGAACAAGACGAUCCACGGUCUGAUCUACAACGCUCUGAAGCUCUUCAUGGAGAUGAACCAGAAGCUGUUUGAUGACUGCACACAGCAGUACAAGGCUGAGAAACAGAAAGAGAAGUAUAAGCUGAAGGAGAGAGAGGAGGUGUGGUACAAGAUCGAAGAGCUGGCCCAACACAACCCCCAGAGCACUAAGCUCCGCCCAGGACUCCACCCACAGGAAGAGUACAUGUUGUACAGUGACAGCAGUGUGGUGGUCUACUCGAUGGAGACCGAGACUCCGACAGCUGAAGACAUCCAGCUGCUGAAGAAGACCGUGGAGAGGGAAGCCUCACAGGGUCUGAAGGAUCUGAAGAAAGACAAGGUCCUGACGCGGAGGAAGUCGGAGCUGCCCCAGGACGUCUACACCAUCAAAGCUCUGGAGGCUCACAAGAGAGCCGAGGAGUACCUGACAGCCAAUCAGGAGGCUCUCUGACCCCGCUGUCUGAUUGGACGAACCUGAAAGCAGUCUCUCGGCCCCCCCCAAGGGGGGGGGGGUUGUUCGAAUCAGAUCAGGACGGAGAAAAAAAACCCAAAAAACCCCAAACCGUCUUGAGACCAAGACGCUGACAUCACCUCCGACACUUUCAUCUGCACCACGACGACGCAGCGAAGCCCGGCGGUCCCUGAACGCAUCAGCCAGCAGCUGGCCUUUCCCACAGCGGGCCCCGAACCUGAACGCACCGUCGAGGGUUUCAGCGCUAACGAGCAGACGAGCAGCGGAGGAGGAGGAGGAGGAAGAGGAGGAGGAGGAGGAGGAGUAACGUUUUGGGGUUGUUUUAUCGUAAUGUUCCCGCUGUGGGAAAGGUUCUGACGCGACUGACCAAUCGGCUGUCGGCACGGCUCUGUGACGAGACGCAGUGAAUGUAGACGUCCAAUCGGCAUCCAGCGUUUUAGAGCCGACAUGAGUUAUAAUAUCGGUUUGUUUUCUGAGUUUUUCUGUCUGUGAUGUCGUGAUGAGAGAAGCUGCACCACUGUUUCUCACUUACAGCGCUAAACCACUGCUGGUACUGGCUCGGCUCGG